AUGGACAGUGCAGACGCGUGGCGCGUGGCCGCGUGUGGCAACUCCAACGUCAACAAAAUAAUGCUCCGCUUCCGCCCGAUCGCGCCGAAGCCGGUCACCGGAAUUUCCGCCGCCGAAGCUGGCUCCGCCGUCGGAGAAGUUACUCAGAACAACCACGUGUCAGUCCUGGGGAAGAGACCGAAGAGGAAGUACGUUAGGAUUCGGAGGAACAGUGGAUACGUGAGAAAGAAUAACGGAGACAGUAACGGAAAAAGUAACGGUAACGGUAACGAUGAGUCUUCCGACGUGGCGGUUGUGACGUUGCAGUUGAUGCCUGAGAAGGACGCGCCGGGAGGAGACGUCACGCUCGCCGGAGAUUCGUGGUGUAAGAACGUUGAUCUUGACCUAACCGUGGAGAAGAUUCAGAUCGUGGAGAAUCGGAGUGCUCCACCGCCGCGCGCGGCGGCGGAGGAAGGCGAGGGAGGUAAGCGUUCAGAUCUUGUUGCGGCGGCGAAGGUGGCGGAGUCUUGGGUGACAGUGGAGAGCGUGACAGGCACGUGCAUGGGGGAGGGAGACGGAGAGGGAGGGCGAGGGUUAUUAGAUUGUACGGACGCGGAGAAGGUGAAGAGCCUAGAAGCUGACACGUGUCCUGCUUUUGUCUGUGACGGAAGCCUUAGGGUGCGGUGGGUGAAUGACGCGUACAAGAGGAUGAUGCUGGAGGGGCGUGAGGGUGAGGGUGAGAAUAUCGUGGUGUGGUUGAAAGUGAAGGAUAGUGCCAUCGCUUCGUGGUGGUGCUACUCUCACCCGGCGUUCACCUGCGGUGUGAGGCUGCAGUACACGUGGCGGAACGAGAAGUGCACGAAGAUGGUGCCGUGUGAUGUUUGGAGAUUGGACUGUGGCGGGUUUGCAUGGAGGCUAGACGUGAAAGCUGCGCUCAGUUUGGGUCUCUGA